CUCGCCGUCACACCCGCAAGCUCAACAGUCCUCAAGUGUACAGCUGAUCGUGAGACGAGGUUGAACCAACCGCGUCGUGGGGUUUCCGGUCUCGACGAUCUUUCUCCUAAAAUUCGCGAUCGUCAUGAGCGAGUGACAGCGAGUGCCGAACGAACGCAAGGAAUCCUCCGCGCGAGUGGCAUUACCUCUGCGGCUUCGAAGCUGAUCGGAACAAUUGUCGGAAUGUCGCCGAGAUAGCGAGACAAAGCUUUUUUCUCUCUGGAGAACCGGACGGUCCAUUUGGAUACCGCGCCUCCCUCUUUCCCCUUCUUGCGCCCGGAAGAUCGGAAGGUCCCCGAGUUUGUGAACAUCGAAAGAUUCACUCGCAUUCGACGAUUCACCAAAGAUCCAACUAUCUAAAAUACCUCUCUGGCUGAUAGAAAUAACUCUUCCAAAGAAUUCUACUAAAUAUUUUAGAUUAUAAUUUUUCUAGAGAAUUUAAAUAUAUCAAACUCUCUCUAAUCCAAAAAACCGGCUCACUAUAUAUACGUGCACUGUCAAAUUUAGAGUUUCAAAUUAGAGUUUAAAAUGGAUAUUUUUGAAUACCUAACAGAGAAUUUUACAUAAAGCUUUGGAUUUCUGAUUAAACGUCGAAGAUUUUGAAUAUCUGAAGACUGGAAGAUCUGCACUACAAAUCUAUCUUAAAGUUGCCAAUUAUAUCUGCUUAAAUUUUAGUGAAUUUUGAAGCAUUCAAGGAUUUGUAUCAAAAAUUUCUAUCACAUUUCUCAGAAUCAAUAGAAAAAUGUCAAAUAAUCCGAAUUCUUUUAUAUUCAGUAAUAAAUUAUAAAGCUUCAUAAUUACUGGUCGAUGUUGGUGAAAAUCGAAGUAUCGACUACUCACAAGAAAGACAUAUUGAAAGCUCCUGCUGUCGUCGGGACGCUCGAUAGUCACGAGAGACCCUUACAAUGGCCAACGAAAGGAUACCGGAACGUUACAGAACAUCGUUACCAGUUCCGGGUCACUCCGAAGUAAAUCUCUGCUCAAUGACGCUCCAACUGGGCAAAGACAUCAGCAAGACCAGUAUGCCGGUCAUUUUCAACGAGCCCCUCUCUUUUCUGCAGCGCGUCGCGGAAUAUAUGGAAUACGCUGUAUUGCUUAAACAGGCAUCCCAGCAGGAGUCGCCGAUCUUAAGGCUUCAGUAUGUCGCGGCUUUCGCUGUGAGUGCCCUCGCUUCGAACUGGGAGCGCUUUGGGAAACCUUUCAAUCCAAUUUUGGGCGAAACGUACGAGUUGCAACGCGAGGAUUUCCGGAUAAUAUGCGAGCAGGUUUCGCAUCAUCCACCUGUGUCCGCGUUCUUCUCUGACAGCGAAGAUUUUAUCUUUCAUGGCAGCAUCCAUCCCAAAUUGAAAUUUUGGGGGAAAUCGUUGGAGGUGCAUCCGAAAGGAGUUGUCACGGUCGAAUUACCCAAAUGGAAGGAGUCCUACACUUGGCAAAAUGUCAAUUGCAUUCUUCACAAUGUCUUGGUGGGCCAAUUGUGGAUGGAGCAAUCAGGUCCUCUCGAGAUCAGACAGCACGGAGGAGAUAAUUUGAGAGUUAAAUUAUGCUUUGUUAAAAGCACCCUGAACGGCAAGGAUGUUCAUCGCGUCGAGGGAUUCAUAACGAAUCAAGAAAAAAGGAAAUUACUCUUCCUUUAUGGCCAAUGGACCGACAUUUUACGAUCCUGCGAACCCUCGUUGUACGAAGAAACACUGGAGAAGAUUAAACUGGAGGCCAAAAGCCCGCAGGGUAGUCCAGGACACAAAAAAGUCCUGGCAAAGCUCCACAGUCUCAAAGUUGGAGCUUUCAAGCCCUUGCAUCAGGAUGCGAUAGACGAGCCUUUCGGCAGUGCAGUCGUUGAUGACAUUCCGAUCGUGGACGAGAUUCCAGGAUCUGUCACACUGUGGGAAGUCACACCGAGGCCCAGCAAUAGUUCGGAUUAUUAUCAGUUUACGACGUUCGCGAUGUCGCUAAACGAAUUAGAGCCUGAUAUGAAAAAAAUCCUAUGCCCGACCGACUCCAGAUUGAGACCUGAUAUUCGCAAGCUGGAGAACGGCGAUCAGGAUGGAGCUGCGUCUGAAAAAACUAGGUUGGAGGAAAAGCAGAGAAAUUGCCGCAAAGCGCGCAAGCAGAAAAAAGGAAACGAAUAUGUUCCCAGGUGGUUCCAAGGGGGUACAAAUCCUUACACGGGCCAAGAGGAUUGGAUAUAUCAGGGUGGAUAUUGGGACCGUAAUUUCACCGAUGUCGAGGACAUCUUUUAAUGAAGACGGAGUUCGUUAGCUUCCAUUAAUCCGACCGGCGCCCACGAAGAUCAACAACUGGGCGUCGUUAGUGCAAAAUUACAAAUAAAUUGCCCAAGAGAAGAGGUGCGUAGAUUGGUAAUAGACGCCAUUAUAGAGAUCGAUGUCUUUGUGUAAAGUAAUUAAAAAGCAGAUCUUGCGUACGAGAUUCUUCGAGCGCAAAAAUUGGAGCUCGACGAGUUGCUGGGAACUUCGUCCCACGCUCUUCGACGCGGGAAGAGAGCGAAUCGAAGAUACAAGCGAAUAUUAUUCGAGAGCCAAUGGAAAAUCAGAAUUAAUAGUUCUCGAACGCGUUCGAUUAUGUCAUUGGUUCGCGCUUCCUGUUUCCGACACUAUUUUUAUAAAGGGCCAAGUUGGAUGACCAGAAAGGCGAUUCUUUCAUAGUAUACCUGCUUGAAGAAGCCAGUAAAAAACGAUGGAACUUUGCUUUGAAAUUUAUAUAGGAUGUUCCUAUAACAUCGGGAUUUUGUUCCCGACAUAAUUCAGGAGAUACUCUAUGUACAAUUUCAACGCAGACUAUCGUUUCAGUCUAGGUUUCUCAGUUAAACUAUCAAAUAUUUAUCCGCGCAGUAUACGCUUUUCUAUCAAUCUGUCAAUUCAAUCAAGUUACGUUUCGACUCAUUAAUACGAGAAUCGGAUUUAGUUCAAUCCGAGAAUAUUCUUGUAUAUUUAUAUCAAAACUAUACGUAAUAGAAAUGUAGAGGAAAUCUUGUAUCUUAUCGAUUGAGAAAUGCAAUCUGAAAUUUAGAUCGAUGAAAAUGAAUAAUUUUUUAACGGUGAAAACAAGAUAGCGGAUGAUAAAGAUAUAGUAUAUCAGAUACAAGACAAGACUCUGAUACUAUGCGAAUAAAAAAUACGAUCGAUUUUCUUUUGUGUAAUUCUAUCGGACUCUUUGAGCAGGAGUUUUCAUAGAUUUUCAUGUAAAUAGACAGCGAUUGUAUAAUACAUCUGUACCAAAGUCAGACGGGCCGAACGACUUUUUGCGACAGCUUUGUAUGUACCAAUCGAGCAAUAAUUAUUUACCGUAAACUAAUUUGUACGUUAUUUUCGAUUUCCAAUCUGGAAAAAAUCGCCGAAUUUCAGAGAUGCCAUUUUGCGAGACACUAUGUUAAAAAGAAACGGGAUCCGCAAAUUUUGGUGCCAAGAAUUCUAAGAUUCACAAACUUAAGAGAAUUCGAGAAGAAUCUGAUGAAAAUAUGAGCUACGCUCCACGAUAAAUAGAGAAUGGGAGAAAUAAAACUUCAGGAAAAGAUCGAAAAACCCCGCGAGUUAAAAGGCGCAAGGGAUCCAAUAUAUGUUUGCGGAGUAAACUACGUUAUUGCUUCCUGGUAGAUGUAUCUUUUGCGCGAUAGAUGCUUCCUAGGGCAAAUUAACCAUCAGACAAAUAUGUUGCGUGUCGUGUGUGCGUUGACAGGCUUAAUUUAGGUAAGGACGACAAUAAUUUGAGGUUCUCAAAGAGCCAAAUGUGUUUUAAACCGUGGAAAAACAUCUAAACCAUGCUGUGAAAUAAGCCAAAAACGUUCUUUUUUAAUCAAUCGAUCCAUCGAAAUUUCCUUUCACCACCAAAAAACAAGAAGUAGCAAUUGAGAGAUGAAUUUUUGAAAAGGUAUUUUCGGAAACGAAAGGUGGAAGAUAAAAUGGAAAGAAAAUUAAGGCGGUUAAGGCUUUUCUUUCGCGAAAACUUAUAAUUUUGGAGUCAGGAUAUUCGUUGGAGGGGGUUCUUUUUUGGAAUUCGAUAUGAUUUAGAAUUCAGAUCCUCGAAUUAUAAUAGCUCACCGGUCCGUCGAGUCGAUCGUAUAAGCGUGCGCUGUUUCAGCCCGAGUUUGCGAACGAUAACUCGAAUCUCGAUUGAUAAGCGCGCGGAAGCGCGCCAGCCUUCGAACGCAUUAUAACUUCCGCGAACGAGUUUAUGAUAUAAAUGAGUACACAUAUCUGACACCCGAUAGAAUUUCUAUAAUGCUUCCAUAAGAGAAAAACGACGACGCGGAUGAUUUAUACAUUGACGAUAUCAUACGUACCUAUACCCUACGCGGUGAUAAUCACCCGGAUCACCUCUGAGGACCUUAUUAUUGUUAAAAAUCGCGCACGUAGUAUGUAGGUAUUCAUUGUGUUUGCGUUGCAUAUAGAUUAUGGCGAUGUGUAAUCUGUACAUAGACAAUAUAGCCAUAUUAGAAAUAAAUGUUGUUAAAAAAGAGUUCUUAUCCCA